AUAACCGACAUUUGACGUCACAGCGGAGCUCAGCUUCCUGCAGCAAAAUCUGAGCGGCCCGCGCAGCUUGUCUGUCCCGCAACAUGUUGAGAGCAGCCGCCCGCCUCUCUCUCUCCGGCCUUCGCAGUCUGGCCCCAACGAAACCCAGGUGUCAAGCUCUGUUGGCGUCAAGGUGCUAUUCUCAUGGGAAACAAGAGACCGACGAGGAGUUUGACGCCCGCUGGGUCACCUACUUCAACAAGCGAGACAUUGACGCAUGGGAGCUGAGAAAAGGGAUGAACACACUGAUUUGUUACGAUCUGGUACCUGAGCCCAAGAUUCUCGAGGCAGCACUGCGAGCUUGUCGGAGGUUAAACGACUUGGCCACUGCCAUCCGAAUUCUGGAGGCUGUGAAGGAAAAAGCUGGGCCACACAAAGAGAUCUACCCAUAUCUCAUUCAAGAACUGAGGCCAACUUUGGACGAACUGGGAAUCUCCACACCUGAAGAGCUUGGAAUUGACAAGUUAUAAAUGCCAUGGUGGUGCUUGUCCUCAGAUUACACAAUUUUUGUCCCUACAUGUUUGCCUCAUAUGUCUAUUUAAUUUGACCUUUAUUACGUUAUUUUGCUUGUAAAAUAUUAAUGAACCUAAUAAAGGAAAAUUUACCUGUAAUGCUUGACAAAAGUACUUUGGUUUAAAAAUGUUUUAAGUACUUGUUGAAACAAAAGCUUUUAACUGUAAUGUGACUGCUCUUGUGUGGCCCACUUUUGCCAGCAGACGUCAGUGUUUUCACAUGUUGACUUUAAAGCCAUUCUACUGCAUGCCUCAAGUCUUUCCCUUUCAAGGGCAAAUAAACGGGUUCAAACGGCA